AUGGCGGCCAGGAAGCAGAGAGAAGGGAUGAGCCAGAGAGGGAGGUUCACCCUUCUAGACCACAGCCCCCGGGACCCACCUCCUGGAAGCAGACCCUGCCUCUCAACAUGGGAUGAGCACCUGGCUGAGCCAUUACUACCCUACCAUCACCACCACCAGGGCUGCUCCAUGCUCAAAGACUGGCUCUGGGGCUCAGAGGUUGAAGCUGGCAGCAUCACUGGGGAGUAUGGGUCGCUCUGGACCAUCCUCCUCCUUGUGGUGUUGGCUGUGCUCCUGCUGGUUGGCCUCCUACAUACUCAUGUCAAGCUGUUACUGCCCCAGCUCAGGGCUGAGGUGGAGAGGCCACCUGUUACCAACAUCAUGUUCCUCAAGACACACAAGACAGCUAGCAGCACAGUGCUCAACAUCCUCUACCGCUAUGCUGAGAUGCACAACCUGUCUGUGGCGCUGCCUGUGGGCCGAAGUUUCCACCUGGGCUUCCCCUGGCUCUUUGUGGCGCAUUACGUGGAGGGUGCUCUGCAGGCUGGGCCUCACCCUGGGCCUCCUCGACAAUUCAACAUCAUGUGCAACCACCUGCGGUUCAACCUGCCAGAGGUGCAGAAGAUCAUGCCCAACGACACCUUCUACUUCUCCAUCCUUCGGCACCCGGUCACCCAGCUCGAGUCCUCCUUUAUCUACUAUAAGAACUGUGCACCUGCUUUCCGCGCUGCUAGCAGCCUGGAAGCCUUCCUGAAGGCGCCGCACCGCUUUUACAACAGCAGUGAUGGGCUGGGGAAUGUGCAUGCGCGCAACAGCAUGUGGUUUGACCUGGGCUUCAACAACGAUGCUGCUGCUGAUGACGCAUACGUGCGUGCUCGCCUGGUGGAGGUGGAGCAGCGCUUCCAGUUGGUGCUAAUCGCCGAGUACUUUGACGAGUCCAUGGUACUGCUGCGGCGCUUACUGCACUGGCAACUGGACGAUGUGGUAGCCUUUCGGCUAAACGCGCUCAGCCCGCACAGCGUGGUGCGCCUGUCUCCCCAGGGCCGGGAGCGCGCGCUGAGCUGGAGCGCCCUGGACUGGCGCUUGUACCUGCACUUCAACCGCACUUUCUGGACGCGCGUGCGCGCUGAGCUGGGCCCGCGCCGCCUGCGCGCAGAGGUGGAGCAGCUGCGUGCUCGCCGCCUGGAGCUCCAGACUCUAUGUUUGGAGGAAACAGCGCCUCGCAGCGGGGCGAGCAUCGCAGACCCGCGGCUGCGCCCCUACAAGCCCGGUGAUGCAGACAUCCUGGGAUAUGUCCUGCGGCCGGGGCUGGACAACGCCACGCUACAUCUGUGCCAAAGGAUGGUGAUGCCUGAGCUACAGUACAUGGCCCGACUGUACACGCUGCAGUUCCCCCAGAAACCCCGUAAAAGCAUACCCUUCCUGGAGAACUAGGGACCUUGGGGCCUGCCCCUUUCCAGCCUUCCUUGGACAUCCAGGCCGCAGACCCUCAGACUGACCCACCAGGGGCACAGUCCACCUGUCCCUGAGGUGAGAGGGCUUCCAGGGGAUAUGCUUGACAGGCAGACUGGGCUGUGGUCCCAAAGGACCUCAGAGCGUUUCCCAGAACUUCCUUGACCCAAUGUGGCACUGAUUCUCAGGGAAGAACCCAGGACCACUCUCAGAGCUGGACCUGCAAAUGGCAGCGUGGUGAGCAUUUUAUUUCCGAAUGCAAACGGUUUAGUUUAGAUUUAGAGACCAUACCAAUGUUAUACUAAGAUGUUAAAAAUUAAAAUAAUUGAUUAAAAGAUAGCAAAAAUAGUUACUUAAAAAGAUAGUUAUUAGUAAUAUUGUCAUUCAGUACUGAGCUCAUUACCCUAGUCACCAAGCACCAACCACAUAGUUAUAAAUUAACUUACCGCGUAGGUUUGCUGUUCUGUAAUGUGUCACCCCCCCCCACAUUAGUGACCUGUGUGCUAUGUCAACUUUUGUUCCCCUUGUAAGAGACAAAUGAUGCUGUGUCAACCAUUGUUCCCUUCAUGAGAGACAAAUGUUCCUGGAAUUGGCCAACCAAGGGCUAUGAAUUGGCUAACCACCCACUGUGAAAUGCCUCUUAUCUCAAGCAAAGGGGAACAAAGGCCCACCUUAUUUCUUUUUCCCAUCACUAUGUACUUAAUGAUCAAUGAGCUAACCAUAAAUGGACUAUAAAAAUCAGUCAAAACUAACUCAGUUGCACAGCUUUGCAAAUUCCAUCUGCACUGUGUCGCUGGGCCAGCUAAAAAGCGCUUCUUUUGAAAAAGACAUCUUGCACCAUUUGUCAUCUUGGGGUCUUGCCCUGUUUUUCAUCAUGGGGCCCUGUUUUUUGAGUAGAGUACAACAUUUGGGGCCUUAUCCAGGAUUACAUGGGGACCCCUCCCCAGAUUUUUUUCACUGAUUGAUUGGCUUGAAACAUCUGUAAGUAUUUGGAUCUUUUGUUCUUUGUAAUUUGAGUGCUCACUUUUGAAGUUUCAGAGGAGCUUGGCUGGCUCCUUCUGCACCGGAGCGGGACGCCCUCUGGGACAGGGCUUCUAGCCCAAUUGUGAUUUGGGAUUUUUUAUCCAUUUGAUUUUGUGCUUGGUAUGUUUUUACGGUGGAGCCAUUUGUUCAUUUGAAUCUGUUACCUCAAUACUAACAUUUAGAUUUCUUUUUUCUCUGAAACUACUGUUGCAGGUUCCAUGCGGCUUAUUGGACUUAAGGGUCAUAAUAAAAA